GUUUUGAGCUUCAUUCUUCAUUUCCUCAAAUCUCAAAUACUGUUCGCUCUCUCAUUCAAACCAUUCGAUCUCAACAACUUCGCCAUCAUAAACUGUAAGUAAACCUAGAAAUCACUGUAAAUUUCCAUUACCAUUCUCUUACUAAUCAACUCAGAAAUUUCCAUUUCUAGAUUUAUAAUCAUUCUUUUUUAUAUUCCCCCCCAUAUACAUAGAAGUGUAGUAAAUAAAUAAAGUCUUGAGUUUUAUUAGUCCAGAGCAGUUUCAUAUUCUGGGCUGUGGUUAUUUGAUCAUACAAAUGACUAGUGGUAGCUGUAUUGGAAUCUCUACCAUGAAGCCUUGUUGUAGAAUCCUAAGUAGCUAUAAAAGUCCAUUGCUUUUUGGGUUUUCUCCAACCAAAGUCAGUGAUUCAAUAAUCAUGGGUAUGUUGUCCAGAUCAGGUCAUCACAUCUCAACCCAUCAGCAUAAAUACAAUACCUGUAAUACUCAGAUUUUAGGGUAUAAACAUGAGAUCAAUUCAAAUCGGAGAGAUUUUAGUGUUUCCGGUUCGAAUUGGGGUCUUUAUAGGAAUUUUAGCACUAGUUUUUGUGUCAAUAUUGGUAGUUUUAGGCCUAGAGUUGUGUCCUUGGUACCGCAUGUAGCGUCGGAUAUUAGGAACCAUUCUACAUCGGUUGAUUCACAUGCUCGCGAUACAAGCUUUGAGAAGAUUUACAUUCAAAAUGGCUUGAAUGCGAAGCCGUUGGUAAUUGAUAGAAUUGAGACUGACCAAAGUAACUUGGACUUCGAGGAGGUCUCUGAAAAUGAGUCAAGUGUAAAUAUAGAUAAUUUGAAGGAUUUGAGUGAGAAUAAGGUUCAGAGGGAGGUGUCUGAGAUUGAAAAGGAAGCUUGGAAAUUGCUUGAGGAUGCUGUUGUCACUUACUGUGGGAAUCCGGUUGGCACUGUUGCAGCUAAUGAUACUGCUGACAAACAACCGCUGAACUAUGAUCAAGUUUUUAUCCGUGAUUUCGUUCCAUCAGCACUUGCCUUUUUGCUCAAUGGUGAAGGGGAAAUUGUCAAGAAUUUUCUACUUCACACGUUGCAAUUACAGAGUUGGGAGAAGACUGUUGACUGCUACAGCCCAGGGCAAGGGUUGAUGCCAGCAAGCUUCAAGGUUAGAGCUGUGCCUCUUGACGGAAGCAAUGAAGCAUUUGAGGAAGUUUUGGAUCCUGAUUUUGGUGAAUCAGCUAUUGGUCGUGUUGCACCUGUUGAUUCAGGAUUAUGGUGGAUUAUAUUAUUGAGAGCUUAUGGGAAAUUAACUGGUGACUAUGAUUUGCAAGAUAGAGUGGAUGUCCAAACAGGCAUAAGACUGAUCCUUAAGUUGUGCCUGACUGACGGAUUUGACAUGUUUCCUUCUCUAUUAGUCACUGAUGGCUCCUGCAUGAUUGAUAGAAGGAUGGGUAUUCAUGGUCACCCUCUUGAGAUCCAGGCAUUAUUUUACUCAGCUUUACGCUGCUCUCGUGAGAUGCUGAUAGUUAAUGAUGCAACUAAGAACCUGGUGGCUGCUGUUAGUAAUCGCUUGAGUGCACUCUCCUUUCACAUGAGAGAGUAUUAUUGGGUUGAUAUGAAGAAGAUUAAUGAAAUUUAUCGGUAUAAGACGGAAGAGUACUCUACUGAUGCUGUCAACAAGUUUAACAUCUAUCCAGAGCAAAUUCCUUCAUGGCUGGUAGACUGGAUCUCUGAUGAAGGUGGAUACUUCAUUGGCAAUUUGCAACCUGCUCAUAUGGACUUCAGGUUUUUCACUCUUGGAAACCUUUGGGCUAUUGUUUCUUCUUUAGGAACAACAAAACAGAACCAGGGCAUUUUGAAUUUAAUUGAGGCCAAAUGGGACGAUAUCAUUGCUCAAAUGCCUCUCAAGAUUUGUUAUCCAGCGCUUGAGGGUGAAGAAUGGCGUAUAAUCACUGGCUGUGACCCCAAGAACACUUCACACUAGCCUGCAUGAAGAUGGGAAGGCCUGAUUUGGCACAAAAAGCAGUUGAUUCAGCAGAGAAAAGGCUAUCUAUGGAUAGAUGGCCUGAAUAUUACGAUACCCGAAAUGGAAGGUUCAUUGGGAAGCAAUCGCGGUUGAUGCAGACUUGGACCAUUGCUGGUUUCUUGACUUCAAAGAUGCUUCUAGAGAAUCCAGAAAAGGCAUCCUUGUUGUUUUGGGAGGAGGAUUUUGAACUUCUUCAGAACUGUGUCUGCAUGCUAAGCAAAACUGGUAGAAAGAAGUGUGCCCGUUUUGCUGCGAGAUCUAAGUUUCUUGUUUAAUGUCAAGAGUCAUUAUAUGAACUGUUGGAGUGUUAAGUCUAGGUGAACUGAUUUAUUACAAUAAUAAAUGAUUGAUACCACUUUUCAGAAUUUAAUCCGUUCAAUAUUCCUGUUAUUUGGUGAUAAUGGCUAACUGUAUCACAGUUCUGUUGCA